AUGGCAAGCCAUCCUGGUCAACCAUCCAUUGAUCCGGAGAAUCCUCCAUCCCAAUCGGAAUGUCCCACACAGCCUCCUACAGGGCAUAGUGACCAUGACGCAGCCAAUUACCCGUUCUAUAAGCGGAACGCCUGUACAACAUGCCGACGGAUGAAGUCCAAAUGUGAUAUGGCAAAGCCUGCUUGUGGAACUUGCUCUAGGUUUAACCGGACAUGCGCCUACGAGACGACGCGGAAGAAAAGCGGUCCGAAGCGAGGAUAUACAGCGGUCUUUGGGUCUCGAUUAGCACAGGUGGAAGCGCUGCUUAGCGCCCAAAUGCCUAGUAUUCUCGGAAGUCAAAACCCCUCCGCCCCGCUUCCAGGUGCAUGGGUAGAUAGAGCUAGUCACCCUAAUCUGAGCAGUACUGGUUCUUUCCAAGACACGAUGGAAGAAACCGAUCCCACAGCAUCAAGUACCGAAAGGGCAUAUACAGAACCCAGCGUUGGGUACCGGAUCUACUUUGAAGAUGUUCACAUCUACAUGCCGAUUAUACAUCGUCAAAGGCACCUCUCUGCGUUGAAUUAUGCGCCUGAUUCCCGGCCCCCAGUCUGUCUUCAAUACAUGAUCUGGUGCCAUGCUGCCCUUGUCAGCGAAAAAUAUGAUACUUUACAUACAGCUUUCUACGAAAGAGCCCGCAAGUACGCCGAGGCGGAUGAGAUGAAAGGCUAUGGAGGUGGGAUCCUCUCUUUAGCACAUGCUCAGACAUGGCUUCUUAUCACCGCGUACGAGUACAAGAUGAUGUUUUUUCCCAGGGCUUGGUUAAGUUGUGGAAAGGCAUGUAGACUCGCAAUUAUGCUGGGGCUGCAUCACCUAGAUAGCCCAAGUCCUCAAAUCAAACAGUGCUUCACACCUUCCAUAGAUUGGGUGGAGAAAGAAGAGCGACGGAGGGUCUUCUGGACGACCUUCUGUAUCGAUAAAUUUGCCACCAUUGGGACAGGGUGGCCUGUUGGGAUCAAUGAGACAGAGGCCAUGACAAAUCUUCCUGCGAGUGAGGAAGCCUUUAUUACAGGCGAGUCAGAGCCAACGGUACCCCUUAGUGAUGUUCUAGAUGGUGAGGGACUCUCAACACUGUCUCCUUCCGCAAGCAUCGCCUUCGUGUCUUGCAUCUUCGGACGGAUCACAAACCAUCUUCGUCUCCCUCAGUCGCAGGACGACGAUGAUUAUAGUACUGGAGGCUUCUGGCAGCGACACAGAUCAUGCGAUGAGAUUUUGCUCCAUUUUGCUCUGACCAUGCCAACUCAUCUGCGUCUUCCCAUUGGGAUAGGCGAUCCCAAUAUUAUCUUUUGCAACAUUGCUCUUCACACGGCUGUUAUAUGCCUUCACCAAGCUGCAAUAUUCAAGGCGGAGUGGAACAAUAUAACAGAGUACCCCAUUGUUCAAAGCAGGUUAAGGUGCAGUGCUGCUGCACAUCAAAUUCUGGAGGUUAUCAAGAUGGUUGGUCCUGUCAACAUGGGCAAAGUGAAUCCUUUUGUGUCAUUCUGUCUCUAUGUGGCAGCACGCGUAUACGUUCAGCAUCUCAAGCUUCAUCCUGAAGAUACAGAAGCUCAUUCUGCUUUCCAAUUCUUCCGCUCAGUUAUCCAUACCCUCAAAACUACAAAUCCCUUAGCGGAAUCCUUUCUCUUCCAGUUAGAUGUUGACAGUGAGGGAGGGUCAUUCCAAGGCCUUCGGCUACCGACAAACAAUUUCCCUGUUGAGAUGCUUACUCCUAGCAAUCUAUAG